AGUACACAAGGUCACUUGACUGUCAAGGUUGUCUUGUAUUUUGGAAUAUGUAACUGUGCUUCUGUAGUUUGUUUGGCUUACUGAUACUUCAUUAUAUGUACAUAAUGCAGCCAUUUGUUCAUGUGUCUCCAGAAAAGUCCAGUGAGAGGAAUCUUGUUACCAGUGUUAUGGGUGCUCUAAGUGAUUAUAUGCCCAGGAAUCAGUAUCGUACGUGUGGCUCCACAGAACAGGUGUUUAGCGUGAAAUUUGAGGAAUUUGACGCGAGCAGUAAUUUUGAUAUGUCUCCCAAAUUAAAGUUCUUAGGAUGUAACAGCGCCUACUCUACUGUUUUAUCUAUAGUCACUUGUAAAGGAUCAUACAUAUGGGGAAUUUCGUUUGGUGGUAAUGCCACCCUACUGUAUGCAGAGAGAAAUACAUGUACAAUAGACCUUAAGUUGCUUCCUACUCCUUCACAUACUGGUGAUUCCUUGUUUUCCAGCAGACCUCUUAUGGCUAUCUGUGAUACUUUCAGUUGUGCAUCUUCUCAUUGGCAGGUGCGGUUUAUUUCUUUGUGCAAUCGCAAAGUAGUUUUGUCGUAUUACUUAGAGUCGAAAGCGCUCUCAGUAGAUGCAAACGACAGGUUUGUUGUAGUAACACGAACUGAUUCAAUAACAGUAUUCUCAGCACUAACUCUUACAGAACUCUAUACGAUAGCAUAUGUAAAAUCAACAAUUUGGCCAGAUUUCUUGCCGAAAAGUGUACCUUCUUCGCUUGGGGUUCGUUGGUUGGCCUUCGCAGAUUCUAAGCCUGUCUACCAACAUUUGUCCCGAUGUGGUGACGCAAGUACAGAUGAGUCACAACCUUUAACUACAACAGUAUUGAGUAUGAAUAAGCGUCUUUGGGAAGGGAUUUCGGCUCUGGCUACUUCAGUCGUUUCUAGUUCAUUGGGUCCGAAUCCACCAAAUUUGCGAAAUAAUCAUCUUGAUUCUCAACAUCAAGUCCCACAAACAACUUUAUCAGGUUCGUUUCCACAACAUGGAUCUAGUCUAAUUACUUCAGAGGUGAAUAACUCAUCCAUAUCACCCGGUUACGUAACAAUAAUUGAUUUGCAUACAUUACAUUGUGAACAUGCAACUUUGCGAAAACUUGAAGAUGCUACGGCAUCAGUUCGUUUAUGUUCUGCUGGUUCAAAUCUCUCUAACUCAACAAAUCAAUAUAAUAGUACUAAUCAAAGAGCUCAAUCAUGCUCUCCAAAUAAUCAACACACAAGUAUUAAAAUGUCAGGAGUGAAAUACUUGAAUGUUCAUGAAUUUGGUGGGUCGGGAGCCAUUGUUGCUCAUUUCAUGGCUCAUCGUUGGGCUGGUGUUGCUUUCUUAAAGUUUGAUCCAUCUGGAAGUCUGUUGUUCACUGCGUGUAAGCGGGGUCACUCAUUCAAUUUAUUUCGUAUUGCUAAUCAUCCGUUUGACCAGCGUCAAACUGCUGUACAUCACUUAUACAUUUUGGAACGUGGUAAUUUACCAUGUGAGAUUGUGGAUGCUACUUUCUCUCAUGAUUCUCGGUGGGUAGCUGUGAGCAGCAAUCAUGGGACUACACAUGUUUUCCCUGUUACUGCUUAUGGAGGUCCGAUCACUGUUCGUACACACACUCGACCUCACGUUGUGAAUCGUACUUCGAGAUAUCAUAGAUCAUCUGGUUUAGAAGAGUAUCAUCUAACCAGACCACAACCUGAGAGAAGUGCAACUGAGUCAACUGGAUUUAGCGGUAACUCCUCUAGCAAUUCUAUCAAUAUGCCGUGCCACAUUCCCCAGUCUAGUUCUGUGAAACAUCCUUAUACUAUACAUAGUCAGUCGUCUGGUUUCGCACCUGGUGUAUCUAGAGCAACUUCGAAUUUUUGUCAAACUGCACCAAUUGCAGGUUUUGCACCUCAAUGCCCUCAUCUAGGAUUCACAGCUUUCAUGACUCCUCUCAAGGAAACCCCUGACUGUUGUAUUAAUGAGGGGAGUUCAAAUUCUUCUUCGAUUCUCGAUGGUGACUCAGCAUUGUCUGAUGCAUCACAAUUUUUCACGCGUUCAAAUCCAUUUUCUUCAGAAUCAUCCAGUAGUCAUCUUCAUGUUUCUGAACAGCCUACUAUGUUGUUUCUAAAUAGUGAAGGAUUAUGUGCUUGUCCACCGAACGCGUUGUAUAACACUACUAAUUCUCGGUUGCCUCCCUAUCCAGAACCUUGUCGAGUUAAAGCUGAAGCAAGAUUGAAACCAUCUAGUGGUAGCAGUGUGACAUCUAUUGCUCGAGGCGCCGCCAGUAGUGCUUUUGAAGCUGUAACACCUAUGAAAAAUAUAAAUGCGGUAAUAGUUAAUCGUCACUUAUCAUCUGUUAAAUCAUGCUAUUCUGAUCCUAAUCAUGUUCACUGCCCUGAAGUUUGCACAUAUACACAAUUGCCAGUUAGUACAGCAUCUCGUUCUUCUUUUCAUUCACGCAAGCAUACUCGGCGUCACAGAAGUGGGCAAUCACUUCAAAAUUUGAGUCAAGAUAUAUCUAGUCCAACAAGUAAUAGUGUUAGAGCUGCACGUUUUGGACCUCCUGUAUGUUUCCUUCCAAAUCAACUCCGUCUAAAUAAUGUAUCUUCAGACUAUCGUAGUGACCCGUAUGUCGGAAAGUCUCGUGCUGUAGAUGCAUUAUUUAUUUUGACAGCCGAUCUUCGCUUAAUAGAAUACGAUUUAUGUGUUAGUGCAGAUGAUACAGCUACAGUUGGUGGGAAAUUAUAUCAGGAUGGUUCAAUUCGUUUAGAUUGUGUAUCUGUUGGCGAAUGGAAUUUACAUACAGAUGCUGUGUACCUACCUCCAUUUCCUAGACAGCAUCCACUUAUUUUAGCCUCGUCUACACUUCAAGCAAGAUGUAAAACAAAUAGGCUUAAAUCGGACUAUGCUUCUAAUUUAAAGAUGGAUGGUCGGACUGAAGUUUCAUUAGAAUCUGAUAACAAUAUGUCGCCCAUAUCUACAAAUUACGAAAAAGUUAUAUCAACUUUGAAAUCCAGUUUACCUCCAGCUAAUAGCAGUCAAAUGAAAUCUGGAUUGUUAGAAAUAAAAACAAACACCGAAGAUAAUAAUAAUGAUAGUAAUAAGAACAAGAAUGAUAAUGAUGAAGAUGAUACAGAUGAUAAUGUCGUCACUCCUGCUGGAUGGACUGCUGAAGAUGUUGCUUCUUACUGGUAUAGUCAAGUUGAAAUAACUACACAUUUAGGACCUUUACGUCGUGUUUGGAUGGGUCCACAGUUUACUUUUCACACUUAUUCAAAACAACGUGAUUGGAGUGGUUGUGAUCUACGGCUUUCAUCAUUCGAUAGUUGUAGUUCUUCAGAUAAUAACAAUAUACCUAGUACCACACAAAUUGGCUCCACUGGAGGGAAUCUAAAAACAGCAUUACAUCCUACUCUUUUAGAAGCAUUCACAUUAAAUGCACCAUUUAUAUUGCCGCCUAUAGUAGAUAUAACUAAUGAAUUAUUAAUUAAAGAUCGGUAUCCUGGCACAUUCAUACCAUCAUCACAUGGUUCCAAUAGUAGUUUAAAUAUGAUUCCAUAUCAAGGUUCUUCUUCGACAUCUUCUACCUCCUCUGUUCAUGCUUUUAUUCAUCCGCAUCCUCAACAUCAUCCAAAUAUCGCUUUGGCCGCAAUUAAUCGUAAUACCACUUCAUCCAAAACAAUUAUGUUACCAAGGCUACCAUCAGGAUUAUUAUUGGAUUCAAAUGCUAAUUUCAAUAGUGCACAGUUAAGAUGGCGUAAUUCGUCAGGUGAACCAACUCGUCCACUUAGUAUUGCUGGCGGUUUUGGACCAAGUGGUGAGGCGAUUGUAAUUGAAGGUGGGAGUUAUCAAGACUCAAGUUUGGGUAGUUCUUUAUCUAGUUUAGUUGGACGCGGUACAGAUGAUUUGGCUCAGUCGAUUGCUGAAGCUAUACAAGAUGAGGAAACUAACUGGAAUCUAGAUAAAAGUUCUACCAAUCUACCACAAUUGUCAAGUGUUAACAGUAAUCGUGGUGUAUGGCAGUUCAGUGUUAAAUCUACUACCGUCUCACCAGGUUCAACUAAUAUUAGUGGAGGUAGCGGCCCAGGAUUAUUUCGACUGCCUGAUACUGGUAAUAUUCCAGUUCAUUCGGUAUUAACAGAAGCUGAUUUCCCCAGUCAAGAUACUUCACCAUCAUCAGCUAUGGAUAAUUUUUCACCAAAACAUGAAUUGUUAGACAAUUCAUUGAUUAAAAUGAACAAAAAUUCUAAAAAAAAUAAAACAAAGAAUAACAAUACAAACAUUUAUCCAAAUGAAAAUAUAUCAUCAAACGUUAAUUUAUUGACAAAUAAGAGUGUUAAACGGAGACAUGGUAAAAAAAAGUCAAAAAUGAAACGUCAUCCUGUUGUCAUUAGUGAUGAGUUCACUGCUCCAACUUCAGCAGUAACAAUAACAAAUCUUUAUCCAUCAGGUUAUGAAAGUUUAAGCAGUUCACCAAUAAUUCAAAAUUUGUAUUAUAAUUCUUCAGAUUUAUCAACAUUCUCAUUACCAGGUGAUUUACAAGUCAAUACAACAUAUGACAGUGAUAAUAAUAUGAUGAUGAUGGCUAGUAGUCUAUCCAAUCUUCCUUAUAAUCAAAAUUCAUUGAUCAACAAUGAGAAGAAUACUAAGUCAAGUAUGGAAACAUUUCAAAUUGAAGAGAAUUCACAAAAUAAAGUGGAGAAUUCUAACGAGAUAAAAAAUUUCAAUGCUGUUAGUGAUAAUGAGAAUGAUAAAAAUUGAUAGGCAAGAAAAAAAUUGGACAAACUGAUGAAAGCGAUGGAUAGAAUUAACAACCAAACUAUUUAUUGUGUACAAAACAUCUGCUUACGCAAUAUUUAAUUCAUAAUAAUUAAUAUUCAUGAAGUUCUGUGUCAUUUGAAGAAGCUUUUAAUGAAUCUUAUGAUGGAAUAAUUGAAUAAUAUAACACACAUUUGCAUAGAAUAGAUAAUUUUUGUUCCAGUAUAAAGUCGUAUCCUCUUUUAUUGAACCAUUAUGAAUCAUAACAACUACACGUUCGAUUGAUAUUUCAUUUAUUCACAUCUAUUUAUGUACCCAGGUGCUAUUUUUCUACUAUUUAGAUGUCAUGCCUCUUUUUCGAAUUUCAUUUUUAUCCGCUUCCUCCAGUUUACAUUUUUUCUACAAUAAAACACUUCAAAAUAGAAAAGAGAUAAGCAGAUUUCUAUUCAUUUUAAAGCCAUUCUUUUUUUAUUAUUUCGCUCCUAUCAAUCAACCUAUUAACACAACAGAGCUUAUUACUUCUUGAUCAUGACAAACGCUGUCGUUAUUUGUUUAUUUUCUCGAAUUGCUUUCUUCCCACCAUAUUAACAAAACAACACAUUCAUCCAUACUGAUAACCUAUAUUUUGUUUUGCUAGCUUUUGUUUGCCAUCUUUCUGUUAUUUUUGUGUGUAUGUCGGUAUUAUUCUACGUUGCUUUUUGUCCCCGGUUACGGUUAAAACAUGUAGCCUGAUAUUCCCUCUUUCUCUUCGUAUGCACACAAAUUUACUUAUCUGUAAAAUACGUAAUGAACAAAAUAUAUUCGAAAGUGUAAUUAAUAUCCCUUAAACGUUUCUUUUCCACUCCUUUAUUCCUUUUGUGCGCCAGAAUAUCGGUUUUACUACAUUUUAAGGUUUCUUUAAAAGUAUAAAGAGAUUGAUAAUAAUAUUAUUGUCAUUCUAGCAAAUAUAUAAAAGAUAUAC